UGGUGUUACAUGAAGCACCGGACAGGCUGGACGCUCGCGCCCCGCCCACAUCCACAUCCACCUGUCCUCGCGCCGCACCGGGAUCUGAAGGCUCGUGGAUGCUGCUGACUUCUUCCGCCGCUCCGAACCUGCAGUCUGUCUGCUUCAGCCUCUCUGCUCGGUGCUCGGUAGAAGCUAAUCUCAUCCAUCAUCUGGGCUUUAGUACAUCCAGUGUCACCUGCUGACGGAGUCUGUGUAACCUGAAGACAUCACACACCAGGUCCUGGGAACAUCUCCCUGAACAUCUCCAUUUCUAGGAACAACACAGCUUGGUUUACUCACCUCGAGCCAAUGAGACGCAUUCAAACCUUCAUUGCUUUGGUUCUCUCUGUGACCUUAUUUCUGAUCUUCGUCUACUCGACCCUGCACCGAGAGAUGACCAACAGUUAUGGGGCUUUACCAGAGGACCUCCUGAAGCAUUCCAGCGUCCAGGCCCGUGUUAGUGAUGUGACUACACAAUCCUCCAAGAAGGAGAGCUUAACCACACUUUACCUCAAUGACAACAGUGUGUCUGUUUCUGACAGCUUCAGAAAGUCCAUCCCUCAAAAUGGAGCGUACUGGAACCGUCUGCUGUACUCGGCCCUCGGUAAACUGGACAAGGGAGAAAAUCCUUUCAUACAUGACGCCGCUUGGUCUCGCUGCAGGGAGACAAAUCAAGAGCUUCUGAAAACCAACAUGCACGACUUCUCUUCCUACCCUUUCUUAUUCCAGGACUUUUUGCAGGGCAUGCACUGCAGGUCCCCUCCAGCCCUGCUCAGACAGCCCAACAAGUGCAUCCCUGAUAAAGGGAAGGGAGACAACCAGACCUUCCUGCUUUUUGCUAUCAAGUCAACUCCUGAGAACUUUGUGAAGAGACAGGCGGUGCGGGAGACCUGGGGCCGAGAGGGGACGCAUCAGAGUGGACUGAGGGUGCGCACUGUGUUUCUGCUGGGUACCCCCCCAUUGGAUAACCCUGACCUCAGCCAACUGCUCUCAUUUGAAUCGAGACACUUUGGGGACGUCCUGCAGUGGGACUUCCAUGAAUCCCUCUUGAACCUGACGCUCAAAAUGACCAUGUUCCUCCACUGGACACUGACAUACUGUCCUAAUGCCGCCUUUGUCUUUAGUGGGGAUGAUGACAUAUUCGUCAACACGCCAGCGUUACUCGGCUACCUGCGGUCUCUGGAUCCUUCGAAGGCCUCUCAGUUUUACGCUGGACAAAUGAUAAACUCAGCAAGUCCCCUCAGGGAUCCUAAAAGCAAAUACUACAUUCCUCUGAGUUUCUACGACGGCCCAUACCCUGCGUAUGCUGGCGGAGGUGGUUAUCUCAUCUCCGGAGCGUUGCUGAAACCCCUAUAUUCAGUUUCACGCGUCAUGCCCUUCUUCCCCAUCGACGACGUCUACGCCGGGAUGUGCUUUCAGGCUUUGGGGGUUUCUCUGGAGGCAAACGAGGCCUUUCGGACCUUCGACGUCAAGGAGCAGGAUCGUGAGAAUCUGUGUAUACAUAAAUCUCUCAUUGUGAUUCAUCAGCGCUCCCCACUGGAGAUGAAGAAGCUGUGGAAGGGCAUUCACAGCCCUUUGUUGACUUGUUGAACAGGACCGGUGGGCAUAAGAUGCAGCGAUUUAAAACAAAAUAAAACGUAAAGUAAAGUAACACUGACUGCAGCGACAGAUGGCUUAUUUGCUUUCAUCAUUGUCCCGUUCACUGUCCUGUUUCAAAUGUAAUUUAGGGUUUGUACUACUGUUGACAUCGUUGACUUAAACUUACUUUACUACUGAAUUUGAAGUUACUACAAGGAACUUUCAUUUUGUGUUGAUUUUGGCGGCCCAGAUGGACAAAAGCGCUAGGACCAGCGGAGCGAUGCUGCUGCCCGGCACGGAGCUCUCCACCUCCCGCCGGCGCUCCGGCUGCAGGUCGAAGGUGGCAGCGAAGCCGGAUCUGGGUCUGUCCGCUGCCGCAGGCGCCGCUGGAGUCUGAGCUGAAGGAGUUCCUGGUGAACCUGCAUGAUUUCACCAGAAUCGGAGCCGGUGGCACCGUGGCAGGCAUUCAGAAUAACUACAUAGAAAUAUCCAAAUUUCUUGCCGAUGGUCUCGUUUACUUAUCUAGGUUGCUUUUGUAGGUCAUAUAGAGGCAUCAGUAUUAAAUUGAGACUUUCAUAACCAGUUAAAAACUCUUGUGUAGUAACUUUAAAUAAAAAAAAUAAUUCAACCAAGACAACGCAAAGUUCCAUAUUUUUAUUUUCCACAAAACACCAAACAUGUAACAUGAGUGUACAGACCCAUCUAAAAUUUGGGUGUGUAUUCUAAAAACCAUUCAAAUAGGAAAGUUUUAUGACACAAGUCCAUCAGUCACCUCCAUGUUACACAAGAAAACCUGUUGAAUACUAUGAUCACAUUACAGGAAGAGGGGAAAAUACACAAUAGGGGGAAACUUCCACCGUUUAUUGCUCGAUUUGUUUCUCUUCCGCAGUCAACCUGUCCCAGCAUGUUUUGCUGCACUAUAAUAACAUCGGUAAAAUUGGAGUUAGAGUGAAACAAAGGUGUGAUUUAGCAUUUAUAGAGGAGCUUUACUACUGACAGUUAAUCUAUUAACUUAAGGCACCAAACCCCAGAGGCAUGAAGUAGGAUAUUUUUGAAAGCACGAUCUUUCUCUUCUUCCAAAGUUGUGCAGAAAGAAAUGACACUCGUCAUAUCAAAACUAUAUUUUUAAAAGGUGUGCAACAGUUUAUCCCGGUGUCAAUCCUCACCCACUCCCACAUAU